UCCUUCAGUUCUGCAGCCAAUGACCGGGCCCCAGACGGUAGGGCGCGCUGACUGCCACCUUCCUCGUGGUUCACCAGCGAUCAGGCCAGGCCUGGAGCUAACCAGGGAAGCAGCCUGCCCGAACUCACUUCCUUCAGCCCCAGCUGCCUGGGCUCCCUUCCAGGGUGUCCACCUCGUUUCCUGCUGAAUAUUACUCAGCCUCUUGUUGGACAUGGCCAGCCUUAGGUUAAUCGGGCAGUUAUUAACCAGCACCGGCUCGCCACCCUUCCUUUCUCGCCGGUCCUUCCGGCCAUGCUCUUCCGGCUCUGCCGUCCGGGCACCGGAGGGCUUCCUGGACGAGGCGUAGAUGGUGCUCCGGGCCUUGGUCUCUCCACGCUCUCCAGGGUGGGCUGGGGACUAUCAGAGCAGAGCCCCGGGGCUGGAGGACGCUGGCGGGAACCAGGGGGCUUUUUCCCGCCAGGGGGCGCGGCUGCGGGGCGGGAACCAGCGAAGCGAGAGAACCGAGCACACAGACGACGCGCAGGCGCCAGCCGGCUUCGCGGGUUCGGAAGUGACGACCGAGCGCUAAGGCUACAGAGCCGGCUCCGGGGCCGGCCACGCCCCUCCCGCCGGCUCCGCCCCUUGCCGGCCCCUUGUAGUCCCGCCCCUCGACAGUCCCUGUCAGGGUCCGCUUACUCUGGCCAGUCCCGCCCCAGGCCUCCGCCCCGCUCUCCAGGCCCCGCCCCGCGGACCGUCUCUCUGCGGACGCGGCUCCGGGUUGCCUACCCGGACCCAGGCUCCCCCACGGCUGGAGCGCGGGGUCGACACUGGGCGGCCUGGGGGGUCCCGAGCUCAGUGUGCCCGGCCGUCCGCGGGGCAGCCAUGGCGGAGGCCACGCAGCAGCACCUGUCGCUGCCCUCAGGGCUGCUGGAGUUGUGUGCGCUACUGGGCGCCCCUCGCGACAGCCUUCGCAGCCUCGAGCAGUUUACUCAGAAGAGGGGAGUCAGAAGCCUUUCUUUCCUGGACCCAGAGGUUCUGUCCGUUUUUGUGCCUCCUUUUAUCAGUAAAGAGGACAGCCAGGGGGCCGGUGGGAAUUGUGCGACUCUAGGGAAAGGCAGGAGGCGCUCCUUCAGGAAGAAGAGAGAGAAGCCCAAGACAGAGCCCUGGAAAGGCCCCCCAGGGGACUCCAAAGGGCCUGAUACUGAAGACAUCAGCAUCCCAGGUGGUGUGGACCUCCUUGCCCUGCCCCAGCUGUGCUUCCCAGGAGGCAUGCAUGUGGCCUCAGAACCAAAGGAGGACCAUGUCCAUUUUCUGGUGCUGACUGACGUGUGUGGGAACAGGACCUAUGGCGUGGUGGCCCAGUACUACCGACCCCUGCAUGAUGAUCGCUGUUUCUACAAUGGCACGGCACACUGGGAGCCAUCCUGGCCAAGUAUAGUUGGCGCUGCCGGCUGCUUUGUGCCCUUUGCAGUGUGUGUGGUCUCCAGGUUCCCCUACUACAACUCCCUCAAGGACUGCCUCUCUUGUUUAUUGACUCAUCUGAAGCUCUGUAAAGACUUUGAAGUUGACAGUCAUAUAAAAGAUUUUGCUGCGAGACUAUCGUUAAUACCUAGCCCCCCACCUGGACCACUCCAUUUGAUGUUUAACAUGAAGCCAUUGCACAUCGUGUUUCCCUCCCGAGCAGACCCUGAGAGCCCCGUCAUCGACCUGGACCUUCACCUGCCCUUGCUGUGCUUCCGGCCCGAGAAGGUGCUGCAGAUCCUUUCCUGCCUUCUAACGGAGCAGCGGAUUGUGUUCUUCUCCUCGGACUGGGCCCUGCUGACGCUCAUUGCGGAGUGUUUCAGGGUCUACCUUCACCCCCUGCAGUGGCAGCACACCUUUGUGCCCAUCCUGUCGGGCCAGAUGCUGGAUUUUGUCAUGGCUCCUACAUCUUUUCUCAUGGGCUGCCACCUCGACCACUUUGAAGAAGUCAGCAAGGAAGCUGAUGGUUUAAUUCUCAUAGAUAUUGAUCAUGGAAGCAUCACAUGCUCUAGGUCCUCAGACAAUGACAUGGACAUUCCGGACAUCCCUCUCCUGGUGGCACAGAUGUUUAUUCAGAGGGUCCAGAGCCUCCAGCUCCAUCCUGAGCUGCACCUCGCCCACCUGAGCUCCAGUACAGAUCUGAAUGAGGGCCGUGCCCGCCAACGAGCCUGGCAGCAAACACUCAACUCCCGCAUCCAGCACAUCACUCUGCAGCUGCUUGUGGGCAUCUUCAGGGAGGUGAAGAAUCACCUGAAUUACGAACACAGGGUGUUUAACAGUGAGGAGUUUCUCAAAACAAGAGCCACGGGGGAGCAGCAGUUCUAUAAGCAGGUUUUGGACACCUACAUGUUCCAUUCUUUCCUGAAAGCCCGGCUCAGCCGUAGGAUGGACGCCUAUGCACACAUGGACCUCGACACCCAGUCCGAGGAAGACAGAAUCAGGGGCAUGCUUAUAAGUCCCAGAAGGCCAACAGUGGAGAAGAUGGCCUCGAGGAACCUGAACGCCACUCACAGGCGCAUGGUGGUCAGCAUGCCCAGCCUGCAGGACAUCACCCUGCCUGAGCUGCCACCCAGGAAUGCAUCGCUUCGAAUCAUGGACACCACAGCAUGCAGGACCAGCAGCCCAGUUCUGAAUGUGGCUCCUAAGUCCACAUAUAUGUUCAAGAUUCCUGAAAUCCACUUUCCGCUGGUGAGCCAGUGCAUACAGGCAUACCACUCCAACUUCGUCACCCUGCUGAGCAAGGCCAUGAGCCUGCUGGGCCCUGACAACUCCCUGCUCCUGGCCAGGUACUUCUACCUGCGAGGCCUUGUCCACCUGACGCAGGGACAGCUGCUGAGUGCCCUCUCAGAUUUCCAGAACCUGUACAAGACAGACAUCCAGAUCUUCCCUGCCGACCUUGUCAAGGGCACUGUGGAAUCUAUGUCGGCCUCUGAGCGUGCCCAGGCUGAGCGGACUCCUGAGCUGAGGAGGCUCAUCACCGAGGUCCUGGACAAGCCGGGUGAGGCCGCCAAGGCAGACGAUGCUGUGAAGCACUUUGAGCUGCCCAAGAAGCACAUGCAGCUAGAAGACUUCGUGAAGAGGGUUCAGGAAUCAGGGAUCGUGAAGGACACAAACAUCAUACACAGGCUGUUCGAUGCGCUGACUGUAGGACAGCAGAAACUGAUCGAUCCAGAAACAUUCAGAAAUUUCUACAACUGCUGGAAGGAGACAGAAGCCGAGGCCCAGGAGGUCAGUCUGCCGUCACUGGUGAUGGAGCAUCUGGAUAAAAAUGAGUGUGUCUACAAGCUGUCGAGCUCUGUCAAGACCAACCGUGGUGUUGGCAAGAUCGCCAUGACCCAGAAGCGCCUGUUUCUGCUGACUGAGGGGAGGCCAGGCUAUGUGGAGAUCUCUACCUUUAGGAACAUAGAGGAAGUCAGAAGCACCACGGUUGCUUUUCUCCUUCUGAGAAUACCCACCUUGAAAAUUAAAAUGACGUCCAAGAAGGAAGUCUUCGAGGCUAACCUGAAAUCUGAGUGUGACCUCUGGCACCUGAUGGUGAAGGAGAUGUGGGCUGGGAAGAAGCUGGCCGAUGACCACAAGGACCCGCAGUACGUCCAGCAGGCGCUGACCAAUGUCUUACUGAUGGAUGCCGUGGUUGGCACACUGCAGUCCCCAGGGGCCAUCUAUGCUGCCUCCAAGUUAUCUUACUUUGAUAAGAUGAAGAAUGAAAUGCCCAUGGCUGUCCCCAAGACCACCUCAGAGACGCUGAAACACAAAAUCAACCCUUCAGCAGGGGAGACUGGCCCACAAGCCAUUGAUGUCUUGUUGUACACACCAGGGCACCUUGACCCUGCAGAGAAAGUGGAGGAUGCUCACCCCAAGUUGUGGUGUGCCCUGAGCGAGGGCAGAGUGAUCGUGUUUGAUGCCUCCUCUUGGACCAUCCACCAGCACUGCUUCAAAGUGGGCACCUCCAAGGUGAACUGCAUGGUGAUGGCCGAGCAGAGCCAGGUGUGGGUUGGCUCAGAAGACUCCAUCAUCUACAUCAUCAACGUCCACAGCAUGUCCUGCAACAAGCAGCUCACGGACCACCGCGCCGCCAUCACAGGGCUGAUUGUGCAUGAUGGGAAGAAGCCCAGUGAGGUCUACUCCUGCAGCCUGGAUGGGACAGUCCUGGCAUGGAACGUCAGCACACUGCGGGUGACCUGCCACUUCCAGCUGCCCUGCUGUGGCCUCACGUCCAUCAGCCUGCACAGCAGCAGCCUGUGGUGCUGCGCCGGCAGCAGCAUCGUGGUGGUGACAACACACGGCUUCCUUUGCCAAGAGCUGAGGAUAGACGAGGACCUUAGGGAGGCAAAGACCUCCUUCCUGGGCCUGCAGCUACUCCCCGAGCAGGGGCAGUUGUGGACCACCUGCGCGGGGAGCGGUGAGGUAUACAUCUGGAGCUUGCAGGACCUGGCCCAGGCUCCGCAGCGGAUUCACCUGCAGGACUGCUCUGAGGUCAGCUGCAUGAUCCGUGUGAAGAGGCAGGUCUGGGUGGGCGGCAAGGGGCUGUCACAGGGAAGACCCCAAGGGAAGAUCUAUGUGAUUGAUGUGGAGAGGAAGACGGUGGAAAAGGAGCUGGUGGCGCAUGCAGACACCGUGAGGACUCUGUGCUCUGCCGAGGACCGAUACGUGCUGAGUGGGUCGGGCAGGGAGGAGGGCAAGAUCGCCAUCUGGAAAGUGGAGUGAUGGUGGGUAAAUGUGCGGGCGGCAGCCUCCUCCGCCAGCUGCACAGAUCUCUCUGGAGCUGUCCCCACAGCAGAAGCCCCGAAGUCUGGGCGCUCUGUGGGGAAGAAGUAGGGAGGGACCUGUGUGGAAAGUGUCCCCUUCCGUGUACCCAUGACAGAUGAACCUCCAGCCCAAGAGCGGUUCAAGCCAGGUGCCCCUCAGGCUGGUGGCUAUGGCUCAUUUGAUAACAGCUACUUGUGCUGGAAAGUUACCAUGUGUGUGUCUGGAAAGUUCCAGCAGCCACAUCCAGAGUCUGCACUGGGUCCACCAGUUUAGCUGAAUCACAGGUGACCGGGAGCCCCUGGUGUCUGGUUUUGUGUCUCUUGUACUUCAUUCAUUCAACUACUUAGGUGUCACCAGGAUGACAGUGGCUGGCCAUGAUGGUUUGCCAAGGCGCCCUACAGUCUUCCAGUGACUUCCAAUUUCCAGCCAGUCUUCUGGGCAUUUUACAAUAACCACUUUGUGGUGGAGCAGGUUUGCCCUGCCCAGACUGUCCCCAUAACAGAGGGGAGGGGACAACACUGUGAACAGAUUUGUCCGGUCAGGGCUUGGCCUCCCUUUUUCUUUUCUUUUUUUCCCCUCCCCUCCCCUCCGCGCCCCUUCCCUCUCCCUUUUCCUCCCUUCUUUUCUCUCUCUCUCCUUCCUUCCUUCCUUCCUUCCUCCUUCCCUCCCUCCCUCUCCCCCUCCCUCCCUCCUUCCCUCCCUCCCUUCCUCUCCUCCUCCCUCCCUCUCCCCCUCUUGGCAGCACUAGAAUUCAAACUUAGGGCUUCACAAUGAGCUAUAUCCUCAGCCCCUUCUAUUUUGAGGCUGGAUCUCACUAGCUCACUAAGUUGCUCAGGCUGAUCCCAAGCUCAGCCUCUUGCCUCGGCCUCCCAGAAUGCUGGGAUUACAGGUGUGCUCUGCCAUGCCUGGCUUGUCUUUCUUUCUCAUGAAUUCAAAGUUUUUAUAAUGAAGAAACCUAGAGAGACUUCGUUUCCACCAAAGAUUACAGACAGAAAGGUCUGUCUGGACGAGCAGGCACGAUCUUAUCUCCAGGGUAGCUGCCCUCCCAGGGCACAGCUCACUGACCGGAGUCUUUGUAAAUGUGUGUAUAUGCAGGUGAUGCUUUAUUAUGUAACUGAAAAAGAGCUGUAAAUAACUAAAUAUUUACAAGAAGGGCCCUUUGCCCAUUGUUACACUGUGAUGAAGACUUCAUCCCUGAGGUGUUCUGUGAGGAUGCUUCCGGUGCAGUUGCUGAACCUGAAGGAAGAUCACAAGGGCAUGCGGCCUGUCCCUGUGGACCCACCAUGAGCUCAGCCACGGGCUCUCUGGAGCUUCUGCCUUGGUUUUCAGGCACAGACGGAUAUCCGGCCAGAGCCUGCCCACCAACGGGCUGCCAAGGGUGUUUGUGGAUCUCCAGGAGCAGGGCCACACUCCAGCCCACGGAGGCCUCCUCGUGGACACCUGGGCUUUAGAAGAGGCAUGUCACAGACUGAUAUUCCCCCAGGGUGUGGGCUUUGUGUAGCCGCUGCUUUUCAGGGCAUCCAGAACGUGGUGCAGCAAGAGCUCAGUGCUUGCAGAGGGGUCCCCAACUUCCCGAGGAGGACUGGGCCAGCAUUGAAGGGCAGGGGUUGAAUUUUGCUUUUGUAAACACAUGGAAACUUACAAUGAAAGUCUGUCAGAAAGAUGUGUUUAAAUUAUUUAAUACCAGUCCAGAUGUAACCAGGUAUUUUCAGCUUGUGAAUAAUAAAUUCAUUUAUUUGAUAAA